AUGAAAGGGGGUUCUUUGUUGUCUCUAUGUUGCAUCACCAUCUUGGCAACAAGUUUAAGUCUCAAUGUAGUGUCAGGACAGGAGGAGGCCGCGCCAAACACGAUCAAAGAUAUAGAGCCGUACAUAUCUCAUAGAGCCAUUGGGUUUGUGUUGAAGCUGGAGAACAAUUGCCCUAUAAGAGAACAGCUGAGAUCAUUCUUUGAUAAGCUAAAAGAUCUCUUGAAGUUUGAGUCUUCUGUUACACCGCUGAUCGAGAACAAUGAGCCCAAAACGUUCAGUUUUGAUCUUAAAUCGAAAGCCGAAAAUCUCUUCCAAACGGUGACAAUGCUUAAGAGAGGACUGAUGAGUUCAAGUGUAAGGAAGGAGAUGCUAGAAGUGAUGAAAUCGCUCACUGAGUUACAUGCUGCGAUCAAAAGGGUUAUUAUAGAGAAACAUAUAAAAGGGGAUGGAUCAACGUCACUCUCUUCGGAGCAAAAGAUUGCUGUCGAAAAUGCGGUGUCUCAAUGGGAAGUAACUAUUACUCGAAUCGUGAAGAUUGUUGUAGAAGUUAAAACGGGACGUUCAAGUGAGUCGUCCGGAGAAGAGAGCAGUACUACUGAACAAAACAGUGCUUCUGUGAACGGAACCAUGGCGGAGAGUAACGGAGAAAACUCAGAAUCCACGCAAGAAAAAAAUGUUGGCGUUGAAGGAAACAGUUUAGAUUCAAGAAACGAUGUAGCAAUGGAGGAGGCUAAAGAAGGUGAUAAAGUGGUGGAUGCUAAAGGAGGAGCUCAAGGAAACGAUGGAGUUUCAAUGAAGGAUAAUAACUUGGAAAACAAAGGAAGUGAAGAAGCGUCUAAAGAUGACAAAACAGUAGAGGGUGUAACAAAUGAUGGAGAUGACACGAAGGAAAAGACUGGAGAGAAUCAAGAAAACAAUGGAGAGUUAGUGAAUGGAGAAAACUUGGAGAACAAGGAAGAGACCAAAACAAAUCAUGAAAUCUCUAUGGAAGAAAAGCGAGAGCAUAGGCAAGAAGGCACUGAAGUUUCCAAGAAUGGAGAAACUAUGGGUACUAAUGGUGGAAAUGGAGAUGCUAAGGAGAAUGAAGUAGAGUCUCAAGGUGACUCAACCAAGGAUACGAAUUUGGAGAAUAAAGGAGAUGUUAAGCCGGAAGUAGAGGCUGAUAAAAAUGUUGAAAGUUCCACGAAGGAGAAGCAAGGAGAAGCUCAAGGUAACGAAGAUAUCGAAAUGGAUGAUAAACCGGAGGAGGCUACGACAAAUAAUGAAGAUGAGACAAAGAAAAAGACUGAAGAAACUCAAGAAAACAAUGGUGAAUCAGUUAAGGACGAGAACAUAGAGAACAAAGAAGAUCAACAAUUGAAGGAGGAGGGAUCAGUAGAGGCCCAGGCAAAUAAUGAAACUUCUAUGGAAGGGAAGCGAGAGGAAAACCAAGGAGGUAAUGAAGUUGCUGUGAAUGGCACAGAAACAAAUGAGAACAAAGGCGGAAAUACAGAAUCUAGUAAGGAGAAGGGAGAAGAGGUGCAAGGAGAACAUGUUGGAGACUUGACUAAGGAUACAAAUUUGGGGAGUAAAGAGGAUGCUAACUCGGAGGUAGAGGCCAAGGAAAAUGGGAGUUCCAUGAAAGAUAAGGAAGAAGAGGCUCAAGGCAACAAUGAAGUUUCAACCAAUGAUAACAACUUAGAGAACAAAGAAGGUGAGAAAGAGUUGAAGGAGGAUGAGUCGGUAGAGGGGAAGACAAACAAAGAAAGUUCUACAGAAGAAAAGCAAGAAGAGGGCCAAGGAAACAAUGGAGAGUCCCAAGUAGUAGAAACCAAAGGAGGAAUGACAGAAUCUAAAGAAGAUAAGUCAGUAAAGGAUGAAGAAAAUGAAAAUGUUAGGAGUUCCGUGAAAGAAAAGGAAGAUGAGGCUCAGAGGAAUGGUGGAGAUAAGAAAGAGUCUAAAGAUGAUAAGUCGGUAGAGUCUGAGGAAAAUAGAGAAUCUAAGGACGAUAAGUCGGCAGAGGCUAAUGCAAAUGACAGCUUCGUGGAAGAAAAUCAAGAAGAGGUUCAAGGAAACAAUAAAGAAUCCAAAAAGGUUGAAGACAAAGGAGAUAAAAAAGAGUUUAAAGACAAUAAAUCAGUGGAAGUUAAGGACAAUAAGGAAAGUUCUACGAAGAAAAAAGAAGAAUCUCAAGGAAGUGGUAGAGAUACAACAAAGGUUGAGAAAAAAAGGUCUAAAGACGCAAAGUCGAAGGAGACGACUACAGAAAAAGAUAGUGGCUCCGCAGAGAACAUGGGCAUAGAGGUUCAAAAUGGAAGCGGAGAGUCGGAACAAUACAAGAAAGACGAGAAGAAAGAUACAAGUGAUGGUAACUCAAAGAAGGAAAAUAAUAAAAAAGAGAAGAAAAAGUCUGAGGACCAUAAUUCCACGAAAAAGAAAAAAGAGACAAAAGAGAAGAAAGAGUCUGAAAACAGUAAAUCAAAGAAAAAAGAAGAAGAGAAAAAACAGAAGAAAGAACAUGGGGACAAUAAGUCGAAGAUAAAAGAAGAAGAUGAAAAAGAGGAGACAGAUUCUAAAGAUUACAAUUCGAUGAGAAAGAAAGAAGAUAUUAGUGAGAAGAAAAACUCUGAUGAUAAAAGAUCAAAGAAAAAUGAAGAAGAUAAAAACGAGAAGAGAGCAUCUGAAGAACGCAAAUCUAAGAAAAGGGAAGAGAAACGAAAGAAGAAAGACUCUAAAAACCAGAAAUCUAAGAAAAAGAAGGAAGAGAGACAAGAGAAGAAACAAAAGAAGGAAGAGAGAAAAGAGAAGAAAGAAUCUGAAGACAACAAAUCAGGAAAAAAAGAGAAGAAAGAAAAGAAGGAAGAGAGAAAAGUAAAGAAAGAAUCUGAAGACAACAAAUUAGGAAAAAAAGAGUCUGAGGAUAGUAAAUCAAUGAAACAGGAAGAAGAGAAGAAAGAAAAGAAGGAAGAGAGAAAAGAGAAGAAAGAAUCUGAAGACAACAAAUCCGGAAAAAAAGAGUCCGAGGACAGUAAAUCAAUGAAACAAGAAGAAGAGAAGAAAGAUUCUAAACACAAUAAACAGAAGAAAACAGAAAAAGAGAAUAAAGAGAAGAAAAAAUCUGAAGACAGUGAAAAGUCAAAGAAAAACAAAGAAGAUAAAAAAGGGAAGAAAGAACAUGAAGAGAGUAAACUGAAGAAAAAUGAAGAAAAUAAAAAGAAAGAGCAAGAAGAAAACAAAUCAAAGAAAAAAAAAGAAGAACAAAGAGAGGAGAAAGAGUCUGAAAAGGGUAAAUCAGUGAAAAAUGAAAAAGAUGAAAAAGAGAAGAGAGAGGCUGAAGAUAAUAAAUCAAACAAAGAAGAAGAAGAGAAAAAAGAAAAGAGCAAGUCUGAAGACCAUAUGUCCAAGAAAAUUAGGAAGAACAAAAGGAAAGAAGACGAAAAACAGAAGAAAGAGUCUAAAGAUAAUAGAUCAAAGAAGAAAAAAGAAAGUAAAAAAGAGAAGAGUAAGUAUGAAGACCAUAUGUCCAAGAAAACUGGAAAAAAUGAAAAGGAAGAAGACGAAAAAGAGAAGAGAGAUUCUGAAGAUACUAAAUCGAAGGAAAAAGAUGAAGAUACAAAAGAGGCGAGUAAGUCCGAAAACCAUAUGUCCAAGAAGACUGAAAAGAAUAAAAAGGAGAAGAAAGAAGAAAAGGAGAAAAAAUCUGAAGCCAAAAAAUCGAAAAGAAAAGAAAAAGAAAAAGAAAAAAGAGAGUCUCAAGAUAAGAAAAUGAAGAAAAGAGAAGAAGAUAAAAAGGAGAAAGUUGUUUCUCAAGACAAUAAAUCGAAGAAAAGGAAAGAUAAGGAAGGGUCUCAAUCCAACAAAUCGAAGAAAAAUGAAGAAACCAGAAGAGAGAACAAAGAAUCUGAAGAUGAAAAAUCCAAGAACACUAAAAAACAGGGUGGAGAUGCCACAACGGAACUAGGGCUUCAGUCAAAUACGAAAGAUGCUGAGUCAAAAGAAGCUGAAAAAGAACAGGAGAAUUCUGAGCAACAGAAGCAAGUAGGCGAUCAAGUUAAUACACAAGAUUCUAGAAAGGAUAAAGAGAAGACUAAAGAAGAUGGUAAAUCAAAAGAUAUGCAAUCAGAGGCUCAUGCAAAGAGUGAGGAAUCUGAGAAAGAACUUGAAGCAAAGGCUCAAGCAACGAGUGAUAACUCUGAGAAAGAAAAGCAAACAGAGACUGAAAUAAAGAGUGUAGAAUCUGUGGAGGAUAACAAAGGAGAGUCCAUGAAAGAUAAGAAGGCAGAGGACACUGAGUCAAAAACAAAGAAAGAAGAAAAUAAAGAUUCCUCGACCAAAAAACAAGAAGACAUUCAAGAAACCAAUAUGGGUGAGAAAAAGGAUCAAAAUGGUUCAACUGCGGAAGGUUCCAAAGAUAGUAAAACAACUGAAACUAAAGAAGGUUCUAAUGAAGAAGUCUCCAAUGAUGAUAAGACUAUGGUAAACGAUGGAGGUCAAAACACGGAAAAGGAUUCAAAGGAUGGCAAGGAAGUUGAAGUCAAUGGAGGUAAUGCAGAUUCCAUGGAAGAAGGUUCCAAAGAUGGUAAAGAAGGAUCCAUGGAAGAAGUUUCUGAUGAUGGUAAGACAACUGAAAUAAGUGGAGGGAACAAUUCUACGGAGGAAACUUCCAAAGAUGGCAAGACAACGGAAAUCAAUGGAGGUAAAGAAGAUUCCAAAGAUGGUAAAACAGUUGAAAUCAGUGGAGAUAAAGAAGAGUCCUCAAAGGAAGCUACUGAAAAUGGCAAGAUAGUUGAAACUGGUGGCGGCAAAGAAGUUUCAAAGGAAGAAGGUUCCAUGGAUGGUAAGACCGGUGAAAAUAACAAAGGUAAAGAAGAAUCUGUGGAGGAAGGGUCUAAAGAUAGUAAUAAUAUAGAAGUCAAUAAAGGUCAAGAAGAAUCCAUGGAGAAAGGAGAUGGUAAGACAGAUGAAAUAAAUGGAGGUAAAGAAGUAACUAUGGAAGAAGGUUCUAAAGAUGGUAAGACAGUUGAAAUAAAUGGAGGUAAAAAUUCCACAGAAGAAGUUUCCAAAGAUGGUAAAUCAGAUGAAACAAGUGAAGGUAAAGAGGCACCAACGGAAGAAGGUUCUAAAGAUGAUAAGAUGGUUGAAACACAAGGAGGUAAGGACAACUCAAUAGAGGAAGGUUCUAAAGAUGGUGAGACAAAUGAAAUAAGUGGAGAUAAAAAUUCCACAGAAGAAGGUUCCAAAGAUGGUAAAUCAGAUGAAACAAAUGAAGGUAAAGAGGCACCAACGGAAGAAGGUUCUAAAGAUGAUAAGAUAAUUGAAACACAAGGAGGUAAGGACAACUCAACAUCAACAGGGAUCAAAGAAGACAAAAUAGACAUCAACAAAGAUUCUACGAAGAAUGAGACAGCGGAUGCUCAAGGAGGUGGUAGUGGAGAUUCAAUGAAUGGUAAAACAGAGGAGACUAAUGAGAGCAGUGAAUCUAUAAACAACAAAAAAAUCCAGAAUGGAGGAAGCACUGAAAAUUCCACGGAUAAUCAAAUAGCAGGAGGGGCCGUGAAUUCCACAACCACAACGCAACAAAACAUGACGACAAAUAUAGAGAGCACCACUUCGAAAGAAGUCACAAGUUUCAUAUCAAACCUAGAGCAGAAAUCUCCAGGAACACAAGAGUUCCAGAGUUUCUUCCAGAAGCUUAAAGAUUACAUGAAAUACGCGUGUCCAAUCUCUUCAACCUUCGAGACAAAAGACUCAAAAUCCUACAUGUCUACGAUGAUAAAUAUGGCGACAAAACUCUCGGAUGCUAUGGCUGUCUUGCAAGCCAAGAAAAUUGGAUCAGGACUGAUGAAAACAACACUACAAGGAUACCAACAAGAAGUUAUGAAGACUCUAACAAUGUUGCAAUCGGUCAUGGGCAAAUCCGUAUCCGAACAACAAAGCCAGAACGAUGGUUCCUUGACGCUUACGUUAUCACAACAACAAGCAAUUAAGGAGAUAGUUAUGAAAUGGGAGAAAGUGAUGUCUCAAUUCGUCAAAAUUGCGACGGAGAGUGAGAAACAAUUUUCAGUCGAGACUUCAACUGGAAGCGGCUUUCAUAUCAAGAAGACUUCUAGCUCUAGCUCUACAUCGAGUUCAAAUCCGGGUUCAGAUCUCAAGCUCAACGAUGAAAGUGCGAAGAUGGUGGGUGUGAACGGUUAG